UAUCUAUUUGAGGAUUAUAAACUUAAAAACAGCAAAACACAAUUAACUAAUUUUACGACAAUGAGUUAAUAUAUUGUUUAACCAACUAAUUACAUAUUGUUGAAAAAUAAGGUCGAAGCUUACUCACUACGAAUUGUCCUAGUGACUGAAUAUUAUAUGUUGGAACGUCUGUCAAAUGAGAUUAAUACGAUCAUUUUUUUUUAAAUAAUACAUUUUCAUGUUUGCUAAAAUGUAUCAAGGAGCCGAAAUAGCUUUAUUGUUGAUUACUUAUAUCAUGUGCAAAAAGAAGCAGCGGCAAUAUCAGCUUCAAAUAAGAUCUUUAUCUUUAAAAUGAACACAAAAUCAAUUAUCCAAAUUUCCUGUUCGAAAGACUUUUUACGAUUUUAACGACCACUGCAAGGAUUGUGGUCAACCUACUUUGAUAAAUGAAAAUAAUCAUAAUAAUAUGCAAAAGCGAAAGUAAUUGUGUCUAUCUGUUGGGUAUGCUUUCUCUGAAAAACUAUCAUGCCAUUCGAUAACUUCGUAAAAACGAAAGGAAAUUCACCUCUUUAUCCCAGUAGACAUAUCGAUAUCCCUAAGAAGAUAUAAAAUAACAUUAACAUUCCUAGAAAAAUAAUUAACUUACAAAAGGCUAUAGACGGUAGUAAAACUUAAGAGUUAGACCUAAAUUAUUAUACAAAGUUAUUUUUGCGAUUCCAAUUUAUUGCUCCUUUUCGUCGUCCAUGUCGAUGUACGUAUCAGAACAGCUUCUAAUACACAAAAUGUUGGCUUUCCAACUUUUGUUAAGCUAAGUUUGAUGUACCCAGGAUGACUUUACGUACCAUCCGGAACAUGGAUUUUGUCAGUCUAUGUCAUUAAUAACCAACCCAUCUCUUCCUUACUUUACAUAACAAUACCGAAGCUUACAAAAGAUUAUUGUUUAGUGAUGUCAAUUUAAUCCCGUAUCUCUGUUUCUCGAUAUAUGUAUGUAUAAAAUCUUUGUCGGUUAUAUUAGUUGUACGCCGAUAAAACGUGCUCAGGUGAUUGUAGAUCAUAUUGAAGUUUAAUCUUGUAAAGUUUAAUUUUAUCUAGUGUUAUAUGACUAUCUUGAAGCAGCAUACAUUCAUGGCGACACAGUAUUAGUUCUUCCGGUACAAUAUCUUCGUCUUUAACAAAUGUAUUGCUACAAAUUGUUCAUCUAAUUUACUUUCUGACUUAUAUUUAUACAAGUAGAAACUGUAGAUAAGAUAGGAUAUGUUCCCUUCUUAUCAAACUGUUAUUUGCAAUAAGCUUAAGAUCAUAUAUUGAUAGCGAUGCUGAUAACCAGCUUACCACUUGAUUGUCUGACAAUUUAUUUCCACUGUGCAGCACAGUUUUGUUAUAUUGUCUGUACUUUUGAAAAAUAUAUUUCUUAUUUUUUUCUAAUCAUGGAAGUUACAAAUUCGUUUAAUAUGAAGAUGAUUAUUAUUAGUUCUAGAACCUUUAUAGUUAAUAUUAGUGAGAAGUAUUUAUGUAACAUUAGUUUGUGACUACGUUUAGGUAUAUAGGAAGAGCAUGGUAUAAAACUACGGUGGAAGGACAAGAUUAGACUGAACAACGUCAUAUGGCGAUGCUGGCACAUGCAGUUCAUAAAGAAACAAAACACAUUGGUAUGCCAAUUCGCUUCCCCGUUAGAUGUUGACACACACGUAAAACCAGAGGCAACAAUAUUAGAAGGUAAAUACUGGAAACGUCGGGCCGAAGCUGUUAUUGCAGAAUAUAAAAAAUGGCGCAAGUUUCAUAUAAUGCGACUCCUUGGAAAGGGAGACACUUCCGUACAGGAUACGAUAUUGGACAUGGACACGGUGGAAUCGUUCUCGCAAUGCAGCGAUCUCGCGGGCAACAUGCUCACAGACGAAGACUAUCUCAACUUCAUGACUGACACGCUUUUCUCUACUAUCACCAACCAUCAACCCUUCGCGUUCCCAGAUUGUAGGGAAAUAGCUAGAGGAGCAAGUUUGGCGGACUUCAUACAACCCAGCUUAGGUCCCCUUCAACCGAAUCUUGAUGAUUUUAUGGACACAUUGGAACCACUUCAAGAUCUGUUGACCCCUAGAUUACCGCCAGUGCCUGAGGAAUCGCCGCUGCCGGCUGAAGACUCGAUGUAUCGCGGCGGCAUGGCCGUGGAGUCCUACACUCCUCACAGAUUUCUGACCGGGAGCCAAAGCAACACUACUGCCACAAUGCCUACCAGUCAAAUGUCUUUGCAUGGUAUGUCAUUCCCUUGUACAAAUAACAAUACUCAAAUGAUGAUGGCAGAACAAACUAUAAAGAAUGAGCAGCAGAUGGGAAUGUACGUUAACGGAAGGAUUUUCGCCCAGUCCGACCUCCAAAACAAUAUGAUUAAUGCUCAAGACAUGUGUUUGCCAUACCAGUCUAUCAGCUAUGAACAGCAAAACACCUCACAACCAGAUCAGCAAAUGCAUACAAACGUGUACGCGACGACGUCUCCCAGGUCACAAUAUGUUAAUACUCCUAAAAUCGUCUCGCAGUCAGAGCCUGUCUACAACAAAUACAACGCAGGUGUUCCACCAUCGCAAACUGCACCAGAAACAGUAUCAUUAUUACAGCAACCUGUACAAAAUUCUAAAUACGCCUCUACUAUAGUUAUUCAGGGGCGGAGCGGGUACAGCCGGGAGAAACCCAGGCAGAGGGUUUCUCAUUACACGAGCCAGGUUCCGCAGAACAAUCAAUAUCAGAGCUACGGGCAGGCGAUGAGCCAAGCGGGGCCGCCGGUGUCCCCGCAGGGCUAUGAGUCCCGCUCGGUCUCGCGACAGACUUCGCCGCAAAUGCAGUACUUGCAGCCAAGUCCUGCAGAAUCUUACAAGGCGAAGACAUCGUCUACGGUGAAUCCUCGCUCUUUUAAGAUGCCUUCUCCGCCGCUAGUGCCGGCCGCAACGCCCCAGCUGGCGAGCGGGGGCGCGGGGGGCGCGGGCGGGGGCGCGGUCCGCAACAAGGAGCAGUUCCGCUCGCACAGCCUGCCGCUGGGCGCACAGCUGAACCCCGACUGGAGCGUGAGCGCGCCCUCGCAGGCGCAGCCACUCGACGCGCCCGACACUAAGCACACGGCGAGGGCUCGCGAGUCGAACCCGGGUGGCAUUCGCAUUCGGUCACGUUCGACGUCGAGCGGCGUGGCAGAAGACGGGCAGGGCGGAGCGGGACCCGCGAGCGGCGCGGCGAGCGGCUCGGCGAGCGCGGCGCGCCGGCCGCCGCCGCUCAACAGCGUCGCCUCCGAGCCCACGCUGCCGCAAGCUAGCGUUAUGCUCGCGCAGCUGCUCUCAGCGCAACACUCGCAAAGUCUGUACAAGCUGAACAGUGAAGAGGGAACUAGUACAGAUCCCACCAGGUCGCCGAUCAGGAGGGCGCAGCCAUCGCCUAUCGGUAGCGAUGUCAUGUCACCUCAUCAAUCGCUGUCCCCGCCCACGUCGCCGGGCGGCACGUCGCCGCGCGCCGGCAGCCCGCGCGAGCCGCGCCGCACGCACCUGCACGCCGAGCAGAAGCGCCGCUACAACAUCAAGAACGGCUUCGACACGCUGCAGGCGCUCAUCCCGCACCUCAACACCAACCCCGCCGCCAAGAUAAGCAAAGCUGCAAUGCUACAAAAGGGCGCUGAGUACAUAAAGCAGCUGAAAGCCGAAAGGAAUCAAAUUAAAGAAGAGAUGGAGAGCUUGCGGCAACAAAUAGAAUGCUUGAACAAUUCUAUUACUAACUGCCACUCGUUGCUGCCGGCGACGGGUGCGCCCGUGUCGCGCGCGCGCUCGGGCCGCCUGCGAGAGAUGUUCGCGCGACACGUUGCCAACCGCACCAUGCACAACUGGAAGUAUUGGCUGUUUAGCGUGGUGAGCGCGGCGCUGGUGGAGUCGUUCAGCGCGUGCGUGUCGUGCAGCUCGGCCGCCGACCUCGUGCGGACCACGCUGCUGUGGGCCGAGCAACACUGCUCGCUCGUCGAGAUGCGCCCCGCGGUGCUGAACUCGCUGCGCGUGCUGUGCACGACGACGGACAUCCUGACGAGUCCGGAGCGGCUGCCCGAGGAGGCGCGCGCCGCCGUGGCCGCCAGCGCCGCCGUCAAGGCCGAGCCCACCUAACGCCCGCCCUGCUGCAGGUGGCGCUAGCAACACUACUCGUAUAGUACUACAUCAUACCAGCGUACCAAUUGUUGUCCACGAACUGUCAAUACCGUGAUAGACUAUCUUGGCGUACCACCGCAUGUUAUCGGGCGUCGUACUUAUAAAUAGAAUAUUUAUAAAAUUGUUAUAUUGUAUUAUGCGGAAUUUCCCGAUUUCUAUUACUUGUAUUGCUAAACUUAAACUUAAGUUUAGUUCAAUAUUUGCCGCUUGCCAAUUUAUACUGGGCGCCUUAAUUGUUAAUACUGAUCUCGACAAAUUAGUCUAAGAGAUUUCAUUACAAUAGUUUUGGGAACUAGAGUCCGCAGGAAUCCGGCACCUCACGUGUCGUUGAACAUAAUGUACAUAUAAAUAUCAAAAUAUUAAUCAACACAUUAUAUAAAACCGUUGUGAGUAUAAAAUGUCGCUGAUCAUGUCUUUGAACAUAUUUGCCUUAUUUAUUUUUGUUAAUUUUUCGGUCUGUUUAUAUAUUUGGUAGCACUUGUAUAAUUGUAUAUACAAUAACCCCAUAAUUUUUUUUGUAUAAUUGAAAUCAAGUUAGAUACGAGGUUUGGCUUAUGAAAUUGUUUGUUCGAAGUUUUUUUUUACAUGUAACCUGUCAAUACACACACAGGUUACAUAUAAAAUAUUCGUUUAAAUUAUAUCAGGUGGAUAGCUCCAACUAUAAUUACACAAUUUGGCGCACAGAAACGCAUCACACGCCUCUGUAAGUUAAAAUGCUGUACGUUGUAGCUAUUUCCCUGUAAAUUGUUAUUUCUUUAAAUUAUAUUUACUAAGAUUACUAAUCAAAAUUGUUGGUUCACCUUCAAUUAUUGUUAUAUGUGUAAAGCCUAUAUCACAUCUGGGCACAUCUUGUACGAUGACGUAUGUUUUCAUUAACAUUGUUUGUGACAAACAACGAACUAUUAUUGAAAUGUAACAAUCACAAUUAGAUAACAUUGUGAACAUCAAAAUCAAACUGUUAUUAUAUAACAGGAAUAAGUCCAAGUUUAAUGCGAAAUCCGGGCGAAACAGUGUCCAAUCACAAUUGAUGUGAAUCUUGCUGAAGUGUCCUAUGCUAGUGCCUUUUACGUGAUAGAUAAUUGUAAUGUACAUACAUAAUUAUAUGUCUGUCGCUAGUGAUGCUCGAAGAGUUGUACAUUUUGUACACUCACAGCUUGUACAAUCCGCCAUGUUGGGAUUUAUAAUCCUUCACUUUAUUGGGUUCCUUCUAAAAUAACAAUAUUGUUGCCCGACCUGAUGAUACCUCAGGUCCCCGGAGUGGCAGCUAGCUUCGCUGUCACUUAGUCAAUGAGGCAAGUAAAUCUAAUAAAUACGAAACGAUUUUACCAAAGAUUUAACACCCACAGAGUGCAUUCUUACGAGUGCGUAUUCCAGAUGUUACAUGUACAGUUCUUUACACGAAGUUUUAUAUUAAUGUAUCAUAUUUUUAAACAAAAAUUCAUAAAUUAAUAUGUUUGACUGUCAUUAUGAAAUGUAUAUAUUGCAUUUACUAUAUCAAUACAAUUUUUUCAAUGAGCUGACACAUAAUUUUUCGCUAUAUGAGGACCCGGAAACGGACCAUCCCGCCGACCCAGGGUCGCAUCCUGUAAAGGACUGUGCAUGUGCUUCCCUGUCCGAUAACCGUGAAUACCAAUGUAGUUCGUAAGUUAAAGAAAGAAUUUAUUGAACUUGUCGAGAUUUAAUUUAGAAUUGUCUAAGUGUAUUUACGUAAGUACUUGUAAGUAAAUAUUUUUAUAUUGUGUGAUAACACAAAUGUUUUUAUAUUACUAUAUAUAAAUCGGUGCCAACGUAAAUAUUGUUGUAAUUUGUUAUAUAGUGAUAAUUUUAUGAAGUAUCGUUGACUCUGGCAGCACGUUGUCGUCUAGCGUGGGUGCGCCUGCGCCGCGCUCGUGAGCUUUAAAUGAGGUUAAGUGCAAUUGUUGUUCUAUUGGAAAUACAAUCUGGAAACGAAA